AGGGAGGAGGGAGGAAAGGCAAGGGAGAGAGAGAGAGAGAGAGAGAGAGAGAGGAAACAAUAUCUUCUUUAAGUUAAUACUUACUUGGAGUUCUUCCCUGAUGAGCUAGCAUCAUGGGAAGCUUAAUGCCCUGGGUUAUGCUAAAUAAUAAAUGAGGCACUCAGAUGAGGGCCCUGCAUGGUUAAACAGUAAUCGCUUUAUUUUCCUGGUGAAAUAUAUAUGCAUGUAUGCAAGCAAGGCAGAGCUGGGAUUGGCUAGCGGCUUCAUUGCAGAUCCAGGUAGCAUCUACUGACAGCUCUGGGUCAUGUGAUGGCUGUUAGGGUGGCUUUUCCACUCCCAGGCUGAGCUUGUCAGCGAGGGGGUUGGUCCCCGGCAUCUUGCAGCUUCCAAGAAUGUAGGAAAUGAGUAGAGAGGAAGGAGGGGGAUGCUUUGUGCCUUUCUGACCCAACCCCAGACUGGAGAGAUGCGGGACUGUGACCCCCCUCCGGCAGGGAGCCUGAUCACGAGGCUCUGCCUGUCUUGGUUUCCCUAAAGGAGGAGAAGAGAUUAAAUGGACCUUUGCGGUCUGCCUUGGCUGCUGAGGGGCACUUAGCCUGCUGAUGAGUGAGGUUGGGCUUCUGCAGUCACAUUCUCCAGGAGGAGACAAAGGAGGUGGGCUACAAUACAGUCAUGUUUGUUGUAGCCCAUGUUCUGGAACGACCCCCAGGAUGGAAAGGCAGGCUCUCCAUUGUGAAAAUACAGAGCAGCAGUUAUCUUUGAAUAGCCAGAUUCUCCUUCCCGGCUUUCCGGGUUUUCUUUCUCAGGAAUCCCCAUCACCGCUGACUUUUUUUCUUCUUUGGGGGAAUCCUGACUCCAAGAGAAGCUUCCUUCUGCAUCUGUGGAAGUUGCCUCUUUUUUUCUUUCUCUGCUACAGCGUGGAAACCUCUUGUCUUUUCAUUAAAUUCAGGCUUCUCAAGCUGUCACCUGACAGUCUUGUAGUCCUGGAUGACUGUGGAUCAUUUCUAUUAUUAACCUGAUUUGGCAGCUGGUCUUAAUAACAAGAGUUGCAAAAAUUCUGAAAAGUGGAACCCGCCUGAGGGACAGAGAUGCUUUCCAGCUGGCCUUUGCCGGAGUUUAAUCCAAGUCAGAUACGACUAAUUGUGUACCAAGACUGUGAAAGAAGAGGGCGAAAUGUUUUAUUUGAUUCCAAUGCCAAGAGAAGAACAGAAGAUGUGCCAAUCUCGAAGCUCUGCAGUGAUGCACCAGUGAAAGUUUUUGGAAAAUGUUGCCAGCUCAAGCCUGGAGGAGAUAGUUCAUCUUCUUUGGACAGUUCAAUCAAUUCCUCCUCUUCUUCUACUGAAACAAAAGAACACUGUCCAAAAUUUCAGAGCUCUCGAUGUACUUCAGAUGCCAACAUGCUUGGGGAGAUGAUGUUUGGUUCUGUGGCUAUGAGCUACAAGGGCUCAACUUUAAAAAUCCACCAGAUCCGCUCUCCUCCACAGCUUAUGCUGAGCAAAGUUUUUACAGCUCGAACAGGAAGCAGUAUUUAUGGAAGUUUAAACACGCUUCAAGACAGUCUUGAGUUUAUCAAUCAAGAUAAUAAUACUUUGAAGCCAGAUCAUACCACAAUUAUGAAUGGACUGCUUAUGAACAUAGGUUUCUCACAGCUUUGCAGCCCUAGGCGGGCAUUCUCUGAACAAGGUCCGCUCCGCCUGAUCCGGAGCGCCUCUUUCUUUGCAGUUCACAGCAACCCUAUGGACAUGCCUGGCAGAGAGCUGAAUGAAGACAGAGACAGUGGAAUUGCAAGAUCUGCAUCUCUUAGCAGCCUGCUUAUCACUCCUUUUCCAUCUCCGAGUUCUUCACUGAACAGAAGUUGUGCUAGCAGUUACCAACGGCGUUGGCGUCGCAGUCAGACAACAAGCUUGGAGAAUGGAGUCUUCCCUAGAUGGUCAGUGGAAGAAAGCUUUAACUUGUCAGAUGACAACUCCAGCCCAAACCCAGGAAUUGUCAGGAAAAAGAAGAUAGCAAUUGGGGUGAUAUUCUCACUUUCAAAGGACGAAGAAGAAAAUAGCAAAUUUAAUGAGUUCUUUUUCUCACACUUCCCUCUUUUUGAGAGCCAUAUGAAUAAGCUGAAGAGCGCAAUAGAACAGGCUAUGAAAACAAGCCGUCGGUCAGCUGAUGCCAGCCAACGGAGUUUGGCAUAUAAUAGGAUCGUGGAUGCCUUAAAUGAAUUCAGAACAACAAUUUGCAAUCUCUAUACUAUGCCACGGAUUACAGAACCAGUUUGGCUUACGAUGAUGUCGGGGAUGCCCGAGAAGAACCAGCUCUGCCAUCACUUUAUGAAGGAAUUUACUUUCCUAAUGGAACAGGCUUCCAAGAACCAAUUUUUACCUGCUCUUCUAACUGCAGUUUUGACAAACCAUCUGGCCUGGGUUCCAACUGUCAUGCCAAAUGGCCAGCCACCAAUUCGAAUAUUUCUAGAGAAGCAUUCCUCACAGACAGUGGACUUGUUGGCAAAGAGUCACCCGUACAAUCCACUGUGGGCACAAUUAGGAGAUCUCUAUGGAGCCAUUGGAUCACCUGUGAGACUAUCAAAAACAGUUGUGGUUGGCAAAAGGCAAGAUCUUGUGCAACGCUUACUUUAUUUCCUUACUUACUUCAUAAGAUGCUCUGAGUUGCAAGAGACUCAUCUUUUGGAAAAUGGUGAGGAUGAAGCCAUAGUGAUGCCCGGUACAGUCAUCACCACAACACUAGCAAAAGGAGAGGUGGAGGAAUCUGAAUAUGUGCUCGUCACAAUGCACAAGAAUAGAAGCAAUCUAUCUUUUCAAGAGUCUGAAGAAUUGAGAACUUCUGACUGCAGUUGUAAACAUUGCAAAUGCCCUGUUAAUCCUAGUCAAAGUGCAGAUACUGCUUCAGGACUGGAGAAAGAAGAUUCACAGAACACCCCAAAAAUGGAUAAAGCUGCUUCAUGUGAAAGUAGUGUGGAGCUUUCUAAUUCUCAAGAACAGUCUGUUGAAGUUAAGUGCAAAGAAACCCCAAUGCCUUGCACGGGAAUAAAGUUGGAAAGAGUAGUUUUCACAGGAUCAGCUUCUGUGGAAACGUGUGUGUUGCCAGAGUCCAGAUUAGAACCAGCUGGUGGAUUGUGGCAGAACAGAGAAUUGAUAGAUUCUGACAAUCAGCCUGUUGAACUGUUGAGAUCAACAAGUACAAUGGUAGAGAAGAAACCACCUGAUAAAAUGUCAUCUCAUGCAAUUCCUUGUAGUGUGGCUGAAGCUCAAACAAAGGUGACUUUCCUCAUUGGAGAUUCUAUGUCCCCUGAUUCAGAUAUUGAAGUGCGAAGUCAAGUGGCUGAAGAACAAAUGACCAGACACAGCAGCCAUAGGGUGAUCAAAGAAGGAACAACUGCUGAGCAGAACUGUGAAAAACAAACCCUUGAGGACCAAAAAAGAGAUCAGAAUACGCCCGAAAAGUUCCCUCAGGUUACCAUUGAGGUCCAGAAUUGGAAUUCUUACAGAGCGGAAAGUGCAAAUUUGCUUACCGAAUAUUUUAGUGAAGAAGGUUCUGUUGUAACUAGGACUAUAGAUGAUAUUCCAGUGAAAACAGCAAGAGACAUUCUAGACUCUAAUAGUAGCUUAGAAUUUCCACCCAAAACUUUGAGUACAAAGAAUAACAAAUCCCCUAGUGAAUUUUGUAAGUUUAUGGAAUCUGUUCGUCAAGAGACUUGUAAAAACUGUUUUGCAGAACAGGACCAAAGAGAAAAACUCUCCAUGUUUAUCCCCCAUGGGGAAAGAGAGAACUUAGAAAAAAAAUCUGAUCCAGGUGUGGAUUGGGACAUUCCAAGAAAUGAGAGUUCUGAUAGUGCUCUCGGUGACAGUGAAAGUGAAGAUGCAGCUCAUGAUGCUGCAAGGACAAGCAGCAAUUAUUAUGGGGCAGAGCAAGAAGAAUGGGCAGAAGAAGAGGAUAUACCAUUUCCUGGGUCAAAAUUAAUUGAAGUGAACUCUGUCCAGCCCAGUAUUGCCAAUUUUGGAAGGUCCUUGCUAGGUGGCUACUGUCCAUCUUACGUACCUGACUUUGUUUUGCAAGGACUAGGAAAUGAUGAGAAACUGAGACACUGUUUGAUGUCAGAUUUGUCGCAUGCUGUGCAGCAUCCUGUUCUGGAUGAACCAAUUGCAGAAGCUGUCUGCAUUAUCGCAGAUACUGAUAAAUGGACAGUGCAAGUGGCCAGUAGCCAGAGACGAAUCAUUGACAACAAACUUGGGAAAGAUGUACUAGUCUCUAACCUUGUCUCCAACCUGCUUCAUUCCACUCUUCAACUUUAUAAGCAUAAUUUAUCUCCAAAUUUCUGUAUCAUGCACCUAGAAGAUCGGUUGCAGGAGCUGUAUUUUAAGAGCAAAAUGUUGUCGGAAUAUCUCAAAGGCCAAAUGCGGGUUCAUGUGAAGGAGCUGGGAGUAGUACUGGGGAUUGAAUCCAGUGAUCUCCCUUUAUUGGCAGCUGUAGCAAGCACCCACUCUCCAUAUGUUGCCCAGAUUCUUCUCUAAAACCCCCAAAGGGCAAAGACAAUAAUUUUAUUUUUAUAAAAUGGAAGACAAGGAAACAGACGUGAACUUCCAUUUUCCAGACUCCUUCUUGCUUGCAGGCAAGUGAAUUGAACAACCUGCCAGCUUGAUAAUGUGCCUCUGCAAGUAAACACAUAAAUGUACAAACAUGUUCCCUUUCUUUCCUUGCCUAUUCAUUUAAAAAUCAACCAACCAACCAACCAAUAAAACAGAGAUUCAGGUUACUAAAGAUGACACUAGAUCUUGGAAUACUGAACAUGGUUUGGACAAGGAUUGCCAAAAUGAUGUAACUGCAGACUGUUGAAUUACAGGAUCACUAGAAUGAAGAACUCCUUUGUGGCCUGCAAAGUGCUGUUGAUGCUUGUACAAGGGAUUGGAACCAGCUAAUGUUUGAAGCCAAUUAAUAGUAUAUUUACAAGGCAUAAUGGUAAAGCUCUUUUUGUAACCAAUUCAACUUCAUUAGAACUACAAUAAAAUGUUUAUUUGUUAAAGGCAGGUAGAAUUGUAACCAAUUCAACUGUGUUAGAAAUAUAGAAAUUAAUUUGUUAAUGGCAGAUAGGAGUUGGGAAGGUAGGGUGCAAUUAAUUUCCAUAGGAGAAGGCCUGGGUGUAAUAUUUGUAUGAAUGCUUGAUAUUGAUUGAGAAUGAAUGAAUAUGAAUACAUGAAUAUAUCUUUGCGUGCGAAAUUGACAUCUUUGUUGAUGUUCUGAUAUUGAUACUACUAUUUAAAGACUACAGAAAACAAAUACUUGUUUUUUAUAUCAAAAAGAAAGAACCUGAACAAAUGUUCUAUAAUAUUUUAUUAGUUUUUUUAACAAGAAUUUCUUCCCCUUGAUCAUGUUUCAUUUGGGAUGCUGUAAAGAAAAACUAAUUGCUGUUAAACCUAUUUUAUUUUAAAAAAAGAGGAUGUUGUAAGAGCUUUAUUACAUAUUGGUGUUCCAUUAAUUUCAGUGUAUUUUUCUGAGAAUUUAUACCUUAGAAAUUAUAUAAUUUCUAUAAUACAGAGUUAAAAUGCUGGAAAAUAAUUCUUUAACUAUCCAGACAAAUUUUAAGCUUUAAAACUCAAUUUGUUUGUAUUGUAUUAAUUAUUAGGCUAUUCUGAUGAGACCACGUUUCUAACAUGUUUAUUAAGAACUGGUUUAUAAUCUAAUCCUAUGCGUGUUUGCUUCGAAGUAGACCCCAGGGAGUUUAAUGGGAUUUACAAGUUCUAUCCAAUUGUGGCCUCUGGCAACCAUUCUGUGCCCACUUACACUCUUUGGGAGAUCUGGAAAUAUGGAGUGGAAUUAUGGAAAAGAAAAGGGCAAUUGUGUCAUCCCCUUUCAUCCUAUGCUAUCAUUUUUGUCAUGAUUAAGUAAUAAAGAAUUCUGGUAUGGGACCUGUAAGCUAUAAACAUAUAUAUUGUAAAUCAAUCUGAAGAGCCCUUUGGAUGUCUUGCAGCUAUAAUUCUAAGAAUUCUCAACCAACAUUUGAUUUUUGGGAGUUGUAGUUCAAAAAGAUGUAGUACUUUUUAAUUUGAGGAUGAUGAUAUUAUUUUGAAUCAUUUUUACUACCUCAAGUUAAAUAAGGGGAAAUGGCAUUAAAAGCAUUUAAUACUUUCCCCUGUAUCUAGUCAAGCAUCAACAACAUAGCAAAUUGCUUUAUUCUGUGAUAUUUUGAUUCAGUUGAAACCAAAACCACAUUUUUUCUUAAUUCAUACACAAAUGAAGUCUUUCAGUUAUUGAGUUUUUUCUUUUUGAAGAUUGCUAGAGUCGUUUCUCCUUGCCUUUGCUGGAAAGCAUACUACAAAGUAUAUCUACAUUGCCCUUGUCCAUAGUAAACAGUUCUUCUGGUCCUAUUUUGAUAAAACUGUUGCUAUAUAGUAUGACUGUAUUAGGUCUGUGACAUCAAUAAUAAUUAGGAGGAAACCGCAUCCUACGUUUUAGGUUCAUCUGAGAACUUUAAAACCGUUUCAACUGGAGAAGGUAUAGGGCAGCUUUACGAAUAAUCAUUUACUGUAUUUUAUUGCACAGUGGCCUGUGCAGCCUAUUAAAAUUUUAAAAAAUAAUUGGACAAAGCCUACAACUAACUUCUGUAGUAAAACUUUAUCACUUGUUUAAGGAUGCCUGCUUCCCCACUUCUUACUACUUGAUUACCUCUCUAGCAUUUGUUGUUGUUUUUAAAUUGGACAAGAUCACUACCUUAUAUAGCAGCAAGACUUCUCCAUUUUACUUUCAUUUUCAGUUAUUUUUUAACUCCAUUAUAUUUGAAUGGUUGCCACAAUAGACAGGAUUGGGGCUAAUAUUACAGAAACAACUCUUUGUUAAAAUGAAUAACAAUUUAGUUUUUAUUAUUUUAAUAGAGUUUAUUAUAAAGCAAGUCACAAUAAUAUGUGCAGACUAUUCUGCUAUGCUACAAAUGCUUGACAGUCAAGGAAUGGUUCUAGUAGCAUACUGAAGAAGUGAACAGAAAUCCAUAUAAAACAAUGUUCAGUUUCCCAUAGGAGGACACAGAUAAAUGUGGCCUUCCCUUUCAGUAACCUGUUACAUUUACACAUCCCCUAAGCUUUCCAAAGAUUUAAAAAUUCUAGCAAGAGGUUUUUUUUAGUAUAAAAAUUCAUCCCUACACCUGCACACUAGUUAACAGUGUAAUCAUAAAUUGACAUUCAGUCUGCUGGGCCUUUGCAGUGGCAGAUGCAAAUGGGUGGGUUUAGCAUUUAAAACAUUGGGCCAUUGUUUUUCUUCAGAACAAAUUGAAAGAUAAGAAGCUUUGCCAAUCAGGCUGUCUCUCCAGUAAGCAUAAUAUGAACACUGAGAGCUCAGGUUGAUUUUAAUACAGAUGUCACUCACAAAUGGCUGCACUAAUGCAAUUAAGUGGACAUAGAUUUGCCUAUUGUAGUUAAAAUUAAUUAGGCUUGGACUGCUCAUUAAGGUAGCCCCAGUGAACAGCAAACAUGGGCUCAACUGUUUCUCAUAUAUUUUAAAAAGAAUUUUAAAAGAAAUUGGUUAGGUGUGGUUAGGUUUUUAGGUUAUUCUCAUCAGGUGGCUAGAGUUUAUGUUAUAAUUUUGCUACAAUUCAAUUUUUUAACAAUGGGAUCUAAAGUCUGCCUAAAAACAGAAGCUACAACUAUGAAAGGGGAAAGGGCUUUCCAAUAGUCCAGGAUACCUGAUUGAUAUUUUCUAUGGUUCUUCUCCAGUUGAGAAAUGAUUUGCAUUCCAGUUUGAACAUAAAUCUGUCUCCUAUCCCUCACCUCCAAUAUAUCUUGCAGACAAUCACCUUGAACAUGUUUAGUAAAGAAACUGCUGGUCUCAAGGAUUUCCACAUUGAAGAAAGUGAUGGAUGUGUUGGGCGUGCUAAUAAAAGUCUGCACCACUGAAAGCCAUAAUUCUAACUCAAAUGUUAAGUCCUACAGGGGUUUCCACACUGCAGGUUCAUGCCAGAUUCCGUGACUACAUUUUUUGCAAAAGGAUAGAACAGUUUAUACCGUAAGCUUUUGUUAUCUCCAGUCAAUUUUCUUUUCUCCAUUAUUCCAAAGUGAAGGUCAUAAAUACUCAAAAAUGGUAGAAGAUAAGCAAUCAUUUGCAUAUAUAUAAGUGGUCCUGUGAGAUUCACAUGUAAAGCUAGGAUAGUCUGCUCUUGCCACAUAUAGAUUGGCCUUUAACAAUUUGUCUUCUAAUUUCUAAAUUAAAGCUAGAGCAAUGUUCCAUCUUAGUUUUCCUCCUGAGGUAUUAAGAAAUUAAGCUGUUGAUUGCAGCUUUAUUGCCUGGCCUUACGACUCUCCUGUUCCUCUUAGGAUUUCUGUUCUUAGCUGCAGAGGCGUUCUGUACAGUACAUGUGGAUUUAAAAUAUCCUGCUAUGAUAUUUUCAUGUUGUGAAAUGCAGGAAAUCUUCUUGGAGCAAAGAAUUUGCUUAUUUGUUCCCUCUCUGUUUCUGCAUUGUAUGACAACUGCGUAUGUAGUUAUUGUGUUAUCUUUCUUGAUGUUGGCUAUUGGUGAUUUGGAGGCAUCCUUUGAAGCUGCUUCCUGGGUAAACUCUAAGCAGGGCCUCUAAAUGGGAAGUUUUUCCACUGCAGUAGUGAACUAUAUGUUCACUGGCAAUUUUAAAGGCUUGUAAUGAGAAUGUUUCUCAACCUUGGCAGCUUGAAGACAUGUGGACUUUAACUCCCAGAAUUCACCUGCCAUUUUGGAAGUUGAAGUCUAUAUUUUUUCAAACUGCCGUGGUUGAGAAACACUAGAUUAACAAGAAACUUGGUAAUUUCUUCAAGUAGUAAGUGUUACCAUUGGUGAAUUUCUCCAAAAUCUUUAGAUAAUUAGACAUUAUCCUUCAAUUUCAAGCAUUUGGUUGAAUUGGUUUAUUUUUAUGAUUUUGUUACUUAUUCGAAUUAUAUAACGGGAAUAGUUACUGUGCAAAAAGUAUGGCAUGAGAGCAUGCUUUCUUGUGCCUGAUAACUUGUAUAUGGUACAUGAAAUAUCAAGGUACUGCAUAGAUCUGUCUGGAUUUUAAUUCUUUUUCUAAGGGAAGUAAAACAGCGAUGUAGCAUUGACCUCAUAUGCUGUUCAGAACAAUGUACAUACAAGACUAAUCUUGAUUUUUGCAAUAUUUCUAAUGCCCAUUAAUAUGUCUUAAUUUUAAGGCUGAAAAUAUUUAAGUAUAUUGCACAUAAAUGCUAACAAAUUUAUUUCCACUGAUAACUUGGAAAUGCAAGAUUGUUAAAAAAAACAAAGGGAAAUGGGAAUCUGAAACAUGAUUUUUCAUUGUAGCCUUUUAAAAUCUGAGUUAAAACAGAUAUUUUUAAAAUGGUUUUAAUUGUCUUGUUUUCAGUCUUCUCUAAAUUAUGUAAAUGGUGGUAUGUGUUAUAUGCUGGAUGAAUGUACAUAAUUGUUAUCUUUUGUGUUUUUCUGUAAUAUAUAUAUAUAUAUAUAUAUAUAUAUACAUAUGUGUGUGUGUGUGUGUGUGUGUGUAUACACACACAUACAUACACAAAUGUACAUACAUAUCUGAAGAUGUGCACUUGUAUUAUAAUAAUUUCCCAGUUUUAGGGGAACUUUGUGCAAUAAAUACAAGAUUGUCUUUAA